CAGCAGUCACAUGACCUCGGCUGUCUGGUUACUUCCCGAGCCUCGGUCGUUAUCUUGCAGGAGGCAAAUAACGGACCCGUUUUGAUCUCCUGCCACACGACGUAGCUGCAAACCGGAUCCUGACGGUCAGGACUGAAGAGGGAAAACCUCCAGGGGAUACAACCGUUCACCUGUCUGUAACGUUAAGUCGUGUUCACCUGUUAUUUAAGCUGCGGAGACAUGAUCACCGGAGGAGGGGCGGGUAGCUAGUUCACUGGGAUAAAAACACCGAAACGCCGCCCGCACUUUCGCUUUGGAAAAGAAACAAACGUAGCAUUUUCGUCUGGUGGUAGACGGCUGCCUUUCCUCUUUUCCUAACAUUAGCUCUAAGUGGUGGCUACUUGACAUUAGCUCCGAUUUCCGCCAUUAACCGGCCACCAACAUGUCAAAAUACACGAGCUUUCCAGACCCGGUGGAUGACCACAACCCUUUCCAGGACCCUGCAGUGACUCAACACAGCAGCAACACAGGAUAUGCCACACUGGAUCUUUACAACCCAUUUGACAACACGACUGGGCCUCCACCACCAUAUGAAGCCACCUCUCCCUCUGCUCCAUCUGUGCCUGCGCAGACCCCACCCAGCAGGACAACACCCACUGAGCCUCGCAACUAUGGCUCCUACAACUCCCAGACUGCAGUCAAUGCUACCACAGCAGAGCUCCUGAAGAAGCAGGAGGAGCUGGAGAAGAAAGCCCGGGAGCUGGAGAGGAGAGAGAGGGAGCUGGAGUCACACAGCCUGGGACCUGGAGCCUCCCGUCAGAAUAACUGGCCUCCGCUGCCCUCAUUCUGCCCAGUGGGCCCCUGCUUCUACCAGGACAUCAAUGUGGAGAUCAGUCAGCGUUUCCAGCGCACAGUCACCAUCAUGUACUACUUCUGGAUGUUCUGCACUUGCACGCUGCUCUUCAACCUCAUCUCCUCCCUGGCCAUGUUCUGCGUGGACCCCAGUGGCGGCGUCGGCCUGGGCCUCGCCAUCCUCUGGGCGCUUCUCUUCACCCCCUGCUCCUUCGUCUGUUGGUACCGACCUGUGUACAAAGCCUUCAGGAGUGACAGCUCCUUCAACUUCUUCGUCUUCUUCUUCGUUUUCUUUGCCCAAGUGGUCGUCUAUGUCAUCAUGACGAUUGGCAUCCCUGGCUGGGGUUUCAGCGGGUGGAUUGUGAGCCUGGCUGCUCUGAAGACGAGCGUUCCCGUCGGUGCGAUCAUGAUGAUAAAUGCCAUCCUCUUUACGGCCCAAACCGCCAUGGGGGUUGUCCUGCUGAAGAAGGUCCACAGUCUGUACAGGCAGACUGAUGCCAGCUUCCAAAAGGCCCAGGCUGAGUUCGCCACCGGAGUCAUGUCCAAUCAGGCUGUACGCCAGGCCGCCGCCAGCGCCGCCACCAACGCCGCCCAGGGGGCCUUCACCGCACCUCGAUAGAGAGGGACAGGAGGGGCUGGGAGGGUAAGAAGCGCAGGAAGGAGGGCCUUCUCAGCUUGAUAGAGGAACAGUAUGGUAUUUAUUUCCCCACAGGUGAUAAGAAUUAGAUGAAGAGGGGCAGUUGAGUCUUAUUAAUUACCCUGGGGACACCUGAACUUUAGGGCACUUGCAUGAGACAGAGGUGGGGUUGUCUACUUUCAAAAUGUGUACAGGACAAGUUAGCUAUAUUGCCAAACCAGGAGUCAACAUAUCGUAAGUGUUGAUUCAAGAAGCAGAAAAAUGGUGCGAGAUGUGAAAACAAUAAGAUGCUGAAGCUGUAAGAAAUUUAUCACAGUCGUACCAAGUGUCAGUGAAUGCAGGGAGAUGCUUUUUAUAUGAAAAGACAAGCUCUGUGCCAAGUGGAAUAGUACUAGCGUGGAUAUUUCCCAUUUUUAAAUGACUCAGAUGUACGUUGUGUUUACGAGGGGCCAUGUUUGCAACAGAUGUUAAAGAGUUGGAGCUGAACACUGAAACAUUGCCAUUCUAACCUUUCAUCCACAACUGAGCAGAUUGACUUUUAGCCAACGCUAUUUUUUGUUGCUUAAGUGUAAAACUAACGAAUUUUUGUUAUUAUUCCAGAUGAGAAUGCCUAUUUACCGUAUUGCCAAAACCCUCUCAUACUGUAAAGAUUAUCAACAUGUGUUGUUUUGGUUACAAUAUAUCUGUCACUGUUAUGUUGGUGUUGCUUGUGGUUCUUAUGAUUAUUACAAGUCACUGUCUUGGUUUUAAUAAAAAAUAAAUUGUCAUGCUUACACAGUCAA